GCUAGGAGACUGGAUGAUUACUCGGGUAGCCCUCGCUAUGAGGCUGAUGGAGGUAGAGGUGACUCUCGAGGCCGGUGGGAGUCAGAUCAGGGCCGGCGAGACGGAUACAGGAACGACAGAUAUGAGAGAUCGGACCGAGAUAGAUAUAAGGACGACAGAUAUGAGAGGACGGAUCGAGAUGGAUACAGGGGUGGCAGGUAUGAGAGAGGAGAUCGAGACGAAGACCGACGAGAUGACUCGCACGGACGGUAUGACCGGGGGGGGAUUCGCGAGGGCGCAGCGUGACGAUUCGCGGGGGUGGUACGACCGAGGAGAUCGACGCGAUGAGUCACGCGGGCGAUACGACCAUGGAGACCGACAGAAUGACUUACGGGGACGAUAUGAGCAAGGAGGGUCUGGAGGAGACCGCCGAAAUGAUUCGCGCAGACGGAAUGAGAGAGUGGGAUAUGGCGCGUCAUCCGAUCCGUAUCCGAAGUCCCCUGACCCCAGAGCAGCCAGGGGUUCGAUCUCUAGGAGCGCAGACGACAGACCAUCCACUCCCAGGAACUCUUCAGUCUACUGUAGAGGGGAUGAUCAUAUCAAGAGAGACUGUCCGGAUCUCAAACGGGCAAUAGAUGAGGGACUUGUCGUGCUUGAUGACCGCAAGUACGUCAAAUGGGCAGAUGAUCUAGGAGACGUAUCAAUGUUCCCUUCGAUGAAGGAGAAUGUUGAAGCGAGGAGAGUAAAGCCGAGUAAAGGAAAGGAGUCGGUUAGGAGCCAGAGCAUCAAGAUAACUUUCGAAGGAGAUAUGGCAACCACACCCAUAAGGGUGGCAGCUACCAAGUCGGCGAGGGGGUCUACAUCGAGGAAGACUGACACAGAUUACGUGAUAGCGGAGAAGGAUGGACAGCGGAUCGAUGGAGAGGAGGUUAUUCUUUCACCGCGAAAGCGGGGAGUGAAGAAGUUCUUGAUGAAGAGUUCGCUGGAUGAGAUUGACACAGUGGCCCCAAAGGCGGAUGUUCCUGCUGUAGCGGUAUCAGAGGUGACAGCUAGAGCAGAUCGCAUGGCGACAGUUCUUCUUGAUGGGAUGGAAGGUGUGCCUCCUGACAAGUUUUACGUACUUGGUAGUGGGACCGUGGAUGCGAUCCUAAACGACAGAGCGGUUCUAGAUGCUGUGAUCGAUAACGGCAGUGAGGCUGUCAUUAUAGACGAGGAUCUGGCAGUGCAAGUUGGACUGGACCUCGAUAGGUCAUACCUAUUCGAGAUAGAGACGACUGAUGAGGGAAAGCAACAGAUUACCGGGGUUUGUCAUAAGGCAGCCAUAGAGGUCCAAGGGGUACAAGUGACCCUGCCAGUCUUUGCAGUCAAGAACUGCUGCUCAGAUCUGCUCUUGGGACGGACGUGGUUGAGCCACGUGCAUGCGGUGACGAUAGAGCGACCGGACGGGAGCCAGACAUUGUCCAUUAAGAAGCUAGAUGGGACUCGGGUUAUGAUUGAGACAGUGGAGCCUCGAGACCCGAGGAACAGAGCAACCCUCGCUGUGGGUGCAGGGCCCGGUGAUCAGAUUAAGUUAUUACCUAUCUCCGACCGCGCGGUGCGAUUUCGCGAGAAGAAGUAUGAACCACUGCUCACAGAAGAAGAAUGCCGGAUUGUAGAGGUGGAAGAUUUAGGGAGUCGGCUGAUAGUGGACGGCAACUUGUAUCCAAAGGAGGCAGAUGAGGAAUUUGGCGGCGUGGUGUUUGUGUCUUUUUUAAGGGCACGGCUCCCUAUGGGGGGCUACCCAAGCGACACAAGCGAGUAACUCAGAAAGUUAAGCCAGCGGCGGUGGGCCGCGAGUGAUCUGCACUGGAAGGGAUAUCAUAAGAAGAAAUC